UGGGAAGAGGCCCCUGAGUUUGGGACUUGCUUUAUUGGGAAUAUUAAAGGGAGAGAGAAAGACAGACAGAGAGGAAAGGAGGGGAGGAAAGGCGAAAAGAAUGGAAGGGAAGGAAAGGGAAAGAAGAGAAGAGAUGAAAGAGGAAGGGAAGAGACAAUAGACAGCGUAAUGGAUUGAAUUGUGUCCCUCCCAGAUAUGUGUCAACUUGGUUAGGCCAUGUGUGGUUGUCCUCCAUUUUGUAAUUUUCCUGUCUGUUAUAAAUCAUAACCUCUGCCUGUGGUUAAAGAGGAUUAGGGUGGGAUGUAACACCCUCGCUCAGGUCAAGUCUCUGACCUAAUGUAAAGGGAGUUUCCCUGGGGUGUGGCCUAUACCACCUUUUAUCUUUUAAGAGAUAAAAGGAAAGGGAAACUAGCAGGGAAUUGGGGACCUCAUACAACCAAAAAAGCAGCACCAGUAGCAGAGCACGUCCUUUAGAACCGAGGUUCCUGCGCUGAGGUGCUCACAGACCAAAGGAAGACUGAUGACAAGGACCUUCCUCCAGAGCCAACAGAGAAAGCCUUCACCUGGAGCUGGUGCCCUGAAUUUGGACUUCUAGUCUACUGGACUGUGAGAGACUAAAUGUCUCUUUGUUACAGCUGUCCCCUUGUGGUAUUUCUGUUACAGCAGCACUAGAUGACUAAGACAGAUGGUUACCUUUUUAAAAUAAAUUAGAGAGAGAGGGAAGAGAAGAGAAGAGAGAGAAAGGGAAGAGAAAAGAGAGAGGGGGAAGAAGAAGAGAGAGGAAGGAACAGAGGUGCAAGCUCAUUUAUUGGGUGCAAUGAAAGAAGCUGAUAAAAGACAGGAGCCUGAUGUUGACUGGGAAAGAAAGAAGAGCGAGGAAGAGUCACACACAGUGACAACCCAACCAGAGCAACUUCUGUCUACCGUGGAGAAAGGGAACAGUAGGGGUUUUCCACACUGUCCUUACUGGUGCGAGCAACUCAGCAGAAAGGCCAGUGAUGCUCUGGUAGCGUUGAGCAAUGCUGGCUCCGCCCUUCUCUCCUCAUACCCUCUGGUAUUAAAAACCUGAGGGGAGAAGAGAAGGUUCCCCUUCAAACCUCGCAGCCACAGCACAAUGUGGGGCUUCAGUCUGCUUCUCUUCUGGGGUAGUCUGGGCUGGAAAUGGGGUACAGGGAAAAGUGAGGGCUAUAAGAUCCAUGACUGGCAGGCUUCAUCAGAAGGACCAGGGUAUUCUGAUUCGUACAGCUGGGAAGUAGCCACAGAGUCCACACUGGCACCAAAAAUAGAUGAUGUGAACGAGUGUGCCGACGUUACCGCGUGCCCAGCUCACGCCACCUGUACAGACACCUGGGACAGGUACUACUGCACUUGCAAACAGGGCUUCCUGCCCAGCAACGGACAAACCAACUUCACGGGCCCAGGGGUGGACUGUAGAGAUGUGGACGAAUGUGCCAAUCCCAGAGCUUGUCCAGAGCAUGCGAUUUGCAGCAACAGUUUCGGAAGCUACUCUUGUUUCUGCAAGCCGGGCUUUGAAUCCAGUAGUGGGAACCUGACUUUACAGGGCUUUGGAGAGAGGUGUGAAGAUGUGGAUGAAUGUUCCAGGAACUCCACUGUUUGUGGGUCCAGUUCCAACUGUGCCAACUUGCCGGGCUCUUACAUUUGCUACUGCUUACCUGGAUUCUAUGAAGAAUAUAACCUCGAUUUGGAUGUUUUCCAAUGUACAGAUAUUGACGAGUGCAUUGACAUGUGUGGCUUCAACUCAACAUGCACCAACACUCCUGGGAGCUUCUUUUGCACCUGCCAGCCUGGCUUUGUGCCAAGAAAUGGAGAGCAGAGCUUCACAGACCAAGAGGUGGAAUGUAUAGACAUUGAUGAGUGUUUCCAAGAUCCAUCACCAUGUGGCCCCAAUUCUGUCUGCACCAAUGCCCUGGGAUCCUACAGCUGUAGCUGCAUGGCGGGCUUUCGUCCCAACCCAGAAGGCUCCUGGAAAGAUGGCAAUUUCAGCUGCAAAAGGAUUCCCUUCAAGUGUAAAGAAGAUGUUAUACCUGACAAUGAACGGGUACAGCAAUGCCAAGGCACAGCAGCAAUGGAGCCUGAAUCUGCGUCCUUCUGUGCACUCAUGGACACCACCUUCAGCGCUCUGGAUGAUGCCUGCAAAAACAAAACCACCGCUGUUUCUCUGGAGAGAAUGGUUGAGAGCUUCACUGCUGUGCUUGAACAACGAACCGUGUGGUCCAACUUCACCAAGGAGGAGAAGGCCGUGCUGGCCACGGUUGUGCUGGAGAGUGUGGAGAGGACGGUGCUGGCAGCUUUCCUGAAACCCUCACAGAACGGCAGUCAGACUGUUCAGACUGAAGCCUUAGACAUUGAGAGCAAAGUUAUCAAAGAAGAAUGCAUUGAAGAGAAUGUCGUCUUUCACUUGAAAGCCAAAGGGGAUGAGAUGAGGAUCGGAUGUUCCACCAUUGAGGAAUCUGAAUCCACAGGCACCACUGGGGUGGCUUUUGUCUCCUUUGCGGGCAUGGAGUCUGUUUUAGAUGAAAGCUACUUCCAAGACCUCCAGGACUCCUUGGCCAACUCCAAGAGGAAGCUGAAGAUGAAUUCUCGAAUUGUUGGGGGCAUCAUGACUGGGGAGAAGAAAGAUGGCUUCUCAGAGCCAAUCAUGUACACUCUGGAGAAUAUCCAGCCAAAGCAGAAGUUUGAUAAGCCUAUAUGUGUUUCCUGGAGCACGGAGGUGGAGGGCGGGAGGUGGACACCCUCUGGCUGUGUGGUCCUUGAAGCUUCCGAGAUGCGUACCGUCUGCAGCUGUAAUCAGGUGUCGAACCUGGCCAUCAUCAUGGCUUCCGGGGAGCUCACGAUGGAGUUUUCCUUGUACGUGAUUAGCCACGUGGGCAUAGUCAUCUCCCUGGUGUGCCUCGCCUUGGCCAUCGCCACAUUCCUGCUGUGUCGUGCCAUCCGUAACCACAACACCUACCUCCACCUGCACCUCUGUGUGUGCCUGUUCCUGGCCAAGACGCUCUUCCUCACCGGUGUAGACAAGACUGACAACCAGACUGGCUGUGCCAUCAUCGCAGGCAUCCUGCACUACCUUUUCCUUGCCUGCUUCUUCUGGAUGCUGGUGGAAGCUGUGAUGCUCUUCCUGAUGGUCAGGAACCUGAAGGUGGUGAAUUACUUCAGCUCUCGCAACAUCAAGAUGCUGCACCUCUGUGCCUUUGGCUACGGGCUCCCAGCACUGGUGGUGGUUAUUUCUGCCAGUGCACAGCCACAGGGCUACGGGAUGCAUAAUCGAUGCUGGCUGAAUACAGAGACGGGGUUCAUCUGGAGUUUUUUGGGGCCAGUUUGUACAGUCAUAUUGAUCAACACCGUCCUCCUCACCUGGACGCUGUGGAUCCUGAGGCAGAAGCUUUCCAGUGUCAAUGCUGAAAUCUCGACGCUCAAAGACACCAGGUUACUGACAUUCAAGGCGUUCGCUCAACUCUUCAUCUUGGGUUGCUCCUGGGUGUUGGGCAUAUUCCAGAUUGGACCCAUAGCCAGCUUCAUGGCCUACCUCUUCACCGUCAUCAACAGCCUGCAGGGAGUCUUCAUUUUCCUCAUCCACUGUCUGCUCAGCCGCCAGGUGCGAGAAGAAUACAGGAGGUGGAUCACCAGGAAGACUAAGCCCAGCUCUGAGUCCCAGACCUCAGGGAUCUUAUUGUCGUCCAACCCCUCCACUUCCAAAAUGGAGACUCUGGAGAAGCUGUCAGAGUUUGUACAGAAAAAAGACACCAAAGACACUGUGUGCACCCAACCACAGCCGCCAGCUGACCUUGCUGCUGUUCCUUGACUAAAGACAGAUGAAUGAUCUGCUGAUCGAUGGAGCCCCUUCUGGUCACGUGUGGACUGGACUCGUGCCACCGUGUAUAUCUCUUCCCUGUGAUGUGUUGACUCCUUCCCUAUUUUGGUCUCUAGCUCCCUAGAAAGAAUGGGACACAUGGAGAAUUCUUAAAACCAGCAUCCUGUAGCAGAUCAUGAGCCAUUACCUGCUCAAGGGAUGGUUUUGUUUUUGGUAUCUCAUUUUUUUAUUGUUGUUCAAAGUAUAAACAGUAAAACAAAACAUACGCCAACUCAACAAUUUCUACAAGCACAAUUUCGGUGAUAUUGGUUACAUUCUUCCAACUGUACAACCAUUGUCACCCCCCUCUACGAAAUUGUUCCUUCUCAAUUAACAUAAACUCACUGCCACCUCAGCUUCCUACCUGACCUUUCCAGUUGCUGUGGUCAACUUGAUCCCACAGACAUAAUUCUUCCAAAGAGCACAAUGUUCGAGGCAGACAUUAUUUACUAAAUAAGCUAAGUUAGUUUUUUGAUUUGAAGAGGACUUCAGGAGAUAUUUUUAGGGUUUAAGGAUUAUUUCAGGGAAAAAAUUUCAGGGAUUGUCCAGCCUCAAAGGCUCCAGAAAGUCUGGGUUCCUUAAGAAUUUGAAAUUGUUCUACAUUUUCCCACUUUGAUCAGGAUUCUUCUAUAGAAUCUUUGAUCAAAACAUUCAAUUAUGUUAGCAGAGCACCAUCCACUUUCUUCUGGUCUCAUGGCAAAGGAGGCAGUUGAUGGAGGCGAUUAGUCACACAUGCCAUUUCCUCCGUCUGUUCCUGACUCUUCCUUCUCAGCUGCUUCAGGUGAAUAGAGACCAAUAGUUGUGCCUUGGAUGGCUUACAAGCUUUUAAGACCCCAGGCACUAUGCAAGGAGCCAGGAGGUAGAACAGAAGCACUAAAAACGACGUUAGGUCAAUUACCCAGGAUGUCCCAAGGGGUGCUUUUUAAUAAUGUGGGAAAUGGGGUUGAGUUUCUGACCCCUUGGCUAACACCUGGGUUUAGUUCACAGCACCCUCUCUUGCCUCCCCCUCUCCCCAUUCCUCUCCCUGACUUGUAUGGUGUUACAUUUUAUGCCCCCAAAGACUUUUCAUAACUCAACGUUUGCCUAACUCAGUAUUCUCCAUAUGGACAAAUAUUAAAAGGGACGGUUGUAUUCUUGGAACACGAAAAUACACCAUCACUCAUGCUUAGGGACACAUCGUGGAUGGGAGGGUGCUUGUAGCCAGGUGACUAGCACUUUUCCCAUUUUUUUUGCCUGAUGACAUGUUCAAACCUAAAUGUAAGCCUAGGUUAAAGAUAGUUUUCUUUUCUUGAGUAUUUCCAGCAAAAAUGCUCCAAACAACAUGGCGUAUCACAGUGGUGGUUUGGCCUUAUUUGUUUUAUCACUUUCUUGUCCAAAGUUACUGAUUUUUUGGUGUGUUUCUCAGCACUGCAGUUAACAAAUGCGUGGUUGACUUUUUAAAAAAUAUUUCAAAUUCUAAUGACAGUAAAUGUUAAAAUUGCAGUCCCUGGAUGGUGGAAACAGGGAACAGUCUCAGCUACUAACCAAAAGGUUGGAGGCUCAAGUCCACCCAGAGGGGCCUUGGAAGAAAGGCCUGGCAAUCUUCUUCUGAAAAUUCAGCCUAUAGAGAACAGUUCUGCUCUGACACACAUGGGGUCGCCAUGAGUCAGAAUCGACUCGAUGGCAAAUGGAUGGGGAAUCCAGUAUCAGGGAAUAAGCAGAGUAGACUUCCUGAGAGAAGCAGAAUAGGAUACCAUAGAAGACACAGGUCUUGGGGUCAACAUAUCGGAAUAUCCAGUCCCACACCUACAGAACUCGUGCUGUGUGACUUUGAGCUAGUGGCUUCACAUCUCUGAGCUUCAGUUUCAUGAUCUACUAAAUAGAGCUGAUAACUUAAUGGGUAAUCUCCAUUUUCCUUCAAGAGCCACACUUCCCCUUCUCCACCCUGAACUGUGCCCCAGAAAGCUGGUCUGGGUGGAGCAGAACUCCAGAAGGUGUUCGGGUGGGUAUGGCCAAUGGAGUGUGAUGGCAGGAGAUUGGAAGAAGGAAGGAAAGUGAGGUGGGGAUAUUUCUUUCCGCAGCUCCCCCCUUGUGAGGCCAUGGGUUGGUUGUAUUUCUCUAUCCAAAGGCUUCUACACCUUUCUCCAGGUCUUUGUAACCUCUGUCUCCCUUUGCCUCUCACAGGCCUGGAGGUUGUUAUCAGCUCUCCACAUUGCUACCUCUCGGGUGCAACAUUAUCCCUCGUUGCUUUCCCCUAAACUUGCCGCCACCUUUGUAAUAAACACUUCAAGAAACUCGCCUCAUUCCUCCAUUUGAGUGUGCCUCUGUUUCCUGGCAGGACUCUGAUACAAUAACAAUAACUACCCCAUAGAGAGGGAGCCCUGGGAGCAGAAUGGUUCAGCACUAGGCUGCUAACUGAAAGGUCAGUGAUUGGAACUGCCCCCCUCAAUGAUUCCAGGGGAGAAAGACUGGACAAUCUGCUCCCAUAAAGAUCAAACUCUAGAAAAUCCUAUGGAGCAUUUCUACUGUCUCACAUAGGGUCACUAUGAGUUGGAACCCAGUCGACGGUACACAACAGCACCCCAUAGAGUUAAUUGUGAAGAUUAAGUGGUACAACGCAUGUGAGUGACUGGCUUGGUCACUGGAACAUAAUAAACACCCAGAACACUCGUCUGACGAUUUGUUUACUGUAAUGGUUUAUGUUUUGCUGUGACGCUGGAAGCUAUACCACCGGUAUUUCAAAUACCAGCAGGGUCACCCUUGAUGGACAGGUUUCAGCAGAGCUUCCAGACUAAGGCAGACUAGGAAAAAGUGCCUGGGGACCUCCUCCCAAAAAUCAGAGAAAGAAAACUCUGUGGAUCACAACAGAACGUUGUCCAGUAGGGAUCACAACAGAACGUUGUCCAGUAUGGAUCACAACAGAACGAUGUCCAAUAGGGUGCCAGAAAACGAGGCCCCCAGGUUGGAAGUUUGCAACAAUGGACUCAAACAUACCAAUGAUCAUGUUGCUGGUGCGGGCUCAGGCAAUGUUUUGUUCUGUUUUACUGGCAACAACAAAUAUAAAACCAUUCCCAUCGACUCAGCCCGGCUCCUGAUGACCCCAUGUCUUACAGAGUAGAGCUGUUCCAUAAAGUUUUCUUGACUGUAAACUCCACAGAAGCAGAUCGUUAGGGUUUCUUCUGUGAUGUCACUGAGUGUGUUCCAACUAUUCCAAACUUUAGGUUGGCAGCCGAGCACAGACUGAGAAAUAAGAAAGCCCAAUAUUCCUAUGUUUGUUUGCUACAGGCAGGGGGAGGGUCAGGGUCAGGGUAAGUGUUAGUGUGGGGGUUACGGUUGGGGUUAGUGUUAAGGUUAUGGUUAGAAAACUGGGUCCUCGGUAAUCUUUCAACGGCAGAGAGUCGAUGAAAAGGGGAAGGAAAACAACGUCCCCCUGAACAGACCAAGUCGUAAAAGUCAGAAAUCUGGAACUGAAAUGCCCAUAUUUCAUUUUUGUUGGUUACCCUUCCCCCAUCGGCUUUCCCAGUGAGCUGCGCGUGUUAAUAGUCAUUAUUUCACUCUCCAGUUUUGAUGCGGUUUGCCCUUUAAAUUUUUUUUCCCAAAGAAGUACUGACUUCACGGUUGCACGCUUGGCUCCUCAACGUUAGCAGCGUUCUACCUUCCUGGUCCUAACCUGGCUCCAUGUGACAUUAAGUGACAGAACAUUCCAUGAGGGGGUGAUGAACUGCUGCUGGUGACCACAGCUUUUUGUGUUCGUGCCACUGUGUUUUAUUAGAUCUUGUGCUGAACUAUGGAACUCACACCCACAAAUAGUGGCUCUUUUGAAACCCCCGAGACUCCUUGAGAAAUAGGAAAUGUGAGGCUCUGUAGUUCCUCCUCUGUUAUCAGUGAGAAUUUGGGGAACUACGGCUAAGACCACGGCUGCUUUCCUGUAGUGAGCGUUAAACAUCUUCCAUUCUUUGGUUACAGAAAAAUUAGAGUCUAACUUGAUUCAACUGGAGGUGGUGCUGGGCUGGUGUGAGGGUCAUCUCCCCAAAGUGGCCCAUAUGGAUUUCUAAGGGGACAUUCAAAUGGGCAUAGACAAUAUUUUUAUUGUUUGACUUUGCUUUUAGAGACAAGGUUUAAUUUCUUUAGAAAUAAACACAUUUAAAGCAGUGGUUCUCAGCCCGGGGUGAGUUUGCUCCCAGGGGAUAUUUGGCAAUGAAUGGUUAAUGGACUCAGCUGCUAAACGAAAGGAUGGAGGUUCAGGUCCACCCAGAGGUACCUCAAAAGGAAGGCCUAGUGGUCUAUGUCUGAAAUAUCAGCCACUGAAAACCCUGUGGAGCAAAGUUCCACUCGGACACAUUUGGGGUAGCAGUGAGUUGAAGUCAACAUGAAGGCAACUGCUUUGAUUUUCUUUUUUUUGCUGGGGGGGGAGACAUUUUUAAUUGUCCUGAUUUGGGGUAGGGGCGCUACUGAUAUCUAGUGUGGAGGCCAGGGAUGCUGCUCAACACCCUACAAUGCACAAGGCAGCCCCGCACCACAGAGCAUGGUCCAGACCCAUAUAUCCAUAGUGAUGAGGCUGAGAAAUCCUCAUUUAAAGGAAACCAUGAUUUUUGUUUUCCUUCAAAUUAAAAUGGGUCACGGCUAAACAGGUGAGAAAUCGAAUAAGAAAGAAGCUUCCCAGGUAAGUUCAUCUACAGAAAACUCCGUAUCUCCAGGAAAUUCUUAACCAUUGACUUGUUCUUGUUAGGCGCCAUCGGGUUGAUUCCCACUCAUAGGGAUCCUAGGUACAAGAGAACCAACACUGCCCGGUCCUACGCCACCCUCACAAUCAUUGUAAUGCUUAAGCCCAUGGUUGCAGCCACUGUGUGUCAAUUCAUCUCACUGAGGGUCUUUCUCUUCUUCACUGAUCCCCUACUUCAUCAAGAACGAUGUCCUUCUCCAGGGACUGAUCCCUUCUGACAACAUGUCCAAAUUAUGUGACACAUAGUCUCGCCAUCCUUGCUUCUAAGGAGCACGCUGGCUGACCUUCUUUCAAGACAGAUUUGUUUUUACUUCUGGCAGUCCAUGGUACCUUCAAUAUUCUUUUCCAACACCACAAUUCAAAAACGUCAAUUCUUCUUCUGUCUUCCUUAUUCAUCGUCAAGCUUUCACACGCAUAGGAGGCAAUUGAAAACACCAUGGCACGGGUCAGGCGCACCUUAGUCUUCAAGGUGAUACCUGUGCUUUUCAACAGUUUCAAGAGGUCUAUUCGAGGCAGAUUUGCCCAGUGCAAUGUGUCUUUUGAUUUCUUGACUGCUGCUUCCAUGGGGAUUGAUUGUGGAUCCAAAUAAAAUUAAAUCCUGAACAACUUCAGUCUUUUCCCCAUUUAUCAUGAUGUUGCUUAUCAGUCCAGUUGUGAGGAUUUCUGUUUCCCUUAUGUUGAGGCAUAAUCCAUAUUGAUAGCUGUGGCCUUUGAUCUUCAUCAGUAAGUACUUCAAGUCCUCUUCACUUUCAGCAAGCAAGGUUGUUAACGAGUCUUCCUCCAAUCCUGAUGCCUCAUUCUUCUUCGUAUAGGCGAGCCUCUUGGAUUAGUUGCCCAGCAUGCAGAUCGAAUAGGUAGGGCGAGAGGAUAGAACGCUGACACACAACUUUCCUGUCUUUAAACCACACAGUAUUCCCUUGUUCUCUUCAAACCGCUGCCCCUUGGUCUAUGUACAGGUUCGUCAUGAGCACAAUUAAGUGUUCCAGAAUUCCUAUUCUUCACCAUGUUUUCCAUAGUUUGUUAUGAUCCACACAGUUGAAUGCCUUUGCAUAGUCGAUAAACCACAGGUAAACAUCUUU